AUGCCUCCCCGGCUCCAGAUCCUGCCGCUGCAGUGGCAGCGGACGCUAUCCAAGCCGUCCUCCACCUCCACGGCCUCUCCUCUCUCCUUCCUUCUCCCCCAGCUCCAAACACAGACUCGCAACGCCCACAUCCUCGCCUCGCUCUCCGACACCCCGGGCGCCUACAACAAGAGAAUCAGACGCGGUCGUGGUCCCGCCUCCGGCAAGGGAAAGACCUCUGGCCGCGGUCACAAGGGUCAGAAGCAGCACGGAAAGGUGCCCGCCGGGUUCAACGGUGGCCAGACGCCGGAGAUUAUCGUCCACGGCGAACGCGGAUUCAACAAUGUCUUCUCCCUUGACCUCGCCCCCGUCAACCUCGACCGCAUCCAGGCGUGGAUCGACCAGGGCCGCAUCGACCCUGCCCGCCCCAUCACCAUCCGCGAGCUCGCCCAGUCCCGCUGCAUCCACCAGACCAAAGAGGGCGUGAAGCUGCUCGGCCGCGGCAUCGACACCUCCUCUUCUUCCACCGACGCCGACGCCGACGCUCCCGCUGCCGCUGACGCUGCAACUCCCGCCGCCGCCUCCGUGCUCAAACAGCCCAUCCACAUCGUGGUGUCCCGGGCGUCCGCGUCCGCCAUCGCCGCCGUCGAGGCCGCCGGCGGCUCCGUCACGACGCGCUUCUACACCAAGUCCGCGAUUGCGCGCAUCAUGCGCGGCGAGACGCACCCGUUCGUGUCGGCCGCGUGGUCCGCCCAGAGCGCCAGCGCCGCCCUCCACGCCGCCGCCGCCGACGGCGUGGCCCCCGAGACCGUCUCCGAGAAGCAGAUCAUGGCCGAUAUGGGCUUCCGGUACCGGCUGCCGGACCCCACCAAGCGUCGCGAUAUCGAGUACUACCGUGACCCGGCCCAUCGCGGGUACCUCAGCCAUCUACUGAAGCCUAUGGAGGGGCCGUCGUUGUUCUUCCGCUCGCCCGUGGAGAGGAAGUCGACGGCUGGUGUGAAGAAGGAGAAGGUUCUGCCCGAGAACCGGUUGUGGUAG